CAGAAACUGAUGGGCAAUACACUAGUAUAUCAAGUAUAAACUCUAUAUCUGCACAAUAUUGAAGACCACUUCCACCAAUUCGUAAUUAAUAAAGCUGGAAUAUUGAAUUCCAACCGCCUCGCCUUUCUUUUUAUCUGCAACAUUAUCAUCCAAAGCCCAGAGGAGGAGAGAGUACUCAGAGAAUGAAGGGUCUGAUUUGCCAGUCAACAGCUGUGUGCUUGAGCCAUGAGCAGCGCUCAGUGGCGGCGCCGGAGAGAAUGAACAAGUACGUUAGGUUAGGGGAGCAUCGCCAUCACCAUCGCCAUCGCCAUCAUCAUCACCACGCCAAAAACAUCAAACAACCGCCAAUAUCUCAUCAUCUUUUUCAGGUGGUUGUCCUGAGAGUCUCCAUUCACUGCCAAGGUUGUGCUGCUAAACUCCACAAACAUCUAUCCAAAAUGCAAGGUGUGACGUCAUUCAGCAUUGACCUAGAGAGCAAGAUGGUAAAAGUGGCUGGACACGUGUCUCCAUCCAGUGUGCUUGAGAGCAUAUCAAAGAUGGAGGCAACUGACGAAAAGCCGUGAUAAGUGAUUAUUUCCAAUGGCUAAGAGCAUCUCGAAGGGCAAUCGAAAACACGUUUUCCAAUGGAGGUAAACCAGCCGAUGGAGUCGAUGGCGUCAGCGUAGGACAAGGAAAGUGCAGUAGACAAUGACAAGAGAAGAUGGAAGUGUGCCUGAGAAUGAUGGAGGUAGACAUAAGAGGUUGAAGGAGAAGAUGAAUG